ACUGGCAGCCUGCUACGAGGUUUCUCAUUUACGGUCAGGCAGGGGCAGAGAUAAAACCGCUGGAGCCCCCCCCUCAGGGCUGCUGCAGGAGUAGACAGGAAACGAGAACGGAAGAACCACUCGACUGCUCACGGAGUUGAGAAGAGGCACAUGACUCCUCUCUCAAAGGGAUAAACAUUUCAACAGUGAAAGGACUGAAAACUUCACUUAAAUAUGGAUCACUGGAUGCACAGGACAGCUUUCACUUAGAGAGAAAAAGGACUUUGGAUACUAAUGCAGGUAUUUUGUGGAGUUGCUGUACACUUUGCAGUAUUUCAUAACAAAACCACACAAACUGAGCAGUCUUCAGUAUUUCAGGAGUGUUCUUCCUAUCCAGAGGAAAUGUAGAUUGUCCCUGCCUGCUGCACAUGGUUGGAUCAACAAGCUGGACUUGGAUUUUUAUGAAUAACACAAGUGCACAAUUGAGGAGGUGGUUUGAAAAUGUAUAAUAUUACCACACAAGAUUAUACCGUCAGUGCACUAAGCAGCACUAACAAUUCCACGACAUGCAACAAGAACGACGACUUCAAGUAUCCUCUGUAUAGCACCGUUUUCAGCCUGGUGUUUGUCGUUGGAUUUUUAUUCAACCUGGUGGCUGUAUACAUUUUUGGCUGUACGCUGAAGGUGCGGAAUGAGACCACGACGUACAUGAUAAACCUUGUGGUUUCAGACUCUCUCUUUGUCCUGAGCCUGCCUUUUCGGAUCGUUUACUUCAUUAAACGUGACUGGGUAUUCGGAGAUGUGCUCUGCAAGAUCUCUGUGGCCCUGUUCUACACCAACAUGUAUGGCAGCAUCCUCUUCCUCACCUGCAUCAGUAUUGACCGUUUCCUGGCCAUUGUGCAUCCAUUCUGGUCCCAAACAAUUCGUACUAAGAGGAAUGCCAAAUUGGCCUGCUGUACAGUGUGGGUGAUGGUUCUUUCUGGAAGUAUACCCACUGGGUUCCUCUUGGACACCACUUCACCCAAAAACCAGAACUCUUCCUCAAACUACUGCUUUGAAAACUACUCAAGAAAACAGUGGAGGGCUGAGCUGUCUAAGGUGGUGGUGUUUAUUGAGACUGUGGGCUUCAUCAUCCCAUUGUUGCUCAAUGUCUUCUGCUCGAUCAUGGUGCUACGGACACUGAGGAAACCCCAAACCAUCACCCGUGGAGGGAACCUCAACAAGGCGAAAAUCUUGAGGAUGAUCUUCGUGCAUCUGCUCAUCUUCUGUUUCUGCUUUAUUCCCUACAAUGUUAAUCUCAUGUUCUACGCCAUGGUCCGCUCCAAAAUCCUAAAGGGAUGCGACGCAGAACAUGUGGUCAGAACCAUCUAUCCCAUUGCUCUGUGCAUAGCAGUGACCAACUGCUGUUUUGAUCCGGUCAUUUACUACUUCACUUCAGAAACCAUUCAGAGCUCCAUCAAACGCAAGUCCAUGGCACGGCACAACGGUACCAGGCUAUUUGACAGACUACAGACGGACAGCACACAAAGCAGUCCAAAUACAACACUCAAAAACCUGACACUGAGGUCUAUGAGAUCCACGUUUGACAGCGAGUCCACAGUCUAAUGAAAACUCUGUUGUGGGACAUGAAUAAUAAAUUAAUGUCUGCUGGUGAAAAUCGAUUUGAAUCUGAGGACGCAGGUGGAACCAGAGUGACGAUCUUCAUAUCAUCAACACAGUGUUUACUAAGAAGUCACUCUCUCGUCUACUGGACUCCACAGAGACUUCAGACUGGGAGUUAAGACACUGAACCCUCUUCAGUCAAUGAAAGAGCGGAACAAGUCAAAGAGAAAACAUUUGAAAAUAUUUAACUGUGCUGCAGCAUAAAGACGCUUUAUUGGGCUGCCUAUUCACAACACGCAAGUUAGAAAACUCUUUAUUCUUUUGAGUUUAUAAUGUGUAUUUGUGGAAAUGACAGGUGUAGAAGACGUAGGCAUGCAUACAGUGCUGCAAAUAAGUAUCAGCUUUUGCACGUAAGACAUUGUAAUUGUAGUCUUAUUCCUCAGAGCAGAUUCUCCUUUAGCAAAUUCUGCUUUGGCAAUGCUGAACCAGUAUUACAACUCUUUUUUUUAUGUGGUGUACUGUGCAAUUUAUAAGUAGUUGUGGCCUCACUGCACCUUGUAAGUACUUUAUAGAGCAGCAUGUUCUAUAACAGCUUUUAAGCCCUUACACGAAAAGUGAAUAAAAGAGUUGUGCUUAUGAAA